CAGCAAUAGACUUCUUCUAAUCUUCUAACAUCAAAGCAUAUGAUCAGUUUCAGUUUUAAUACCAAACAAUUUUUCCAUGAUAUAAUGUUAUGUACGUGAUCAAUUUAAAUGGGGAGCUGUUCAAUUGCAGCGGAAUAGCGGAUUUUUAAAUACUUGGGUUGACGUCACUAAACUUUUCAAGAAGCGGUGCGCGCCGUCCGCGUUUGUGAAUAGAGACGGAACAGAACCGUGCAAUGAACGAGAGACAGCUGGGCGACAAGGAGACCGUACAAAACAAGGAAUCUUUCACUUCAUUCGGAGAGAGGGAACUGAUGAGUCAGAGGGGAGGAUAGAUGAGUGACAGACACUACUAGUGGGUUCCAGACACACAAAUCCAAACCAAGAAGGCUCCUGAUCCACUGCAGAGCCCAGGUCUCAGUACCACCAUAGAAGCUAUCGCAGUAUGAACCGAGCUUUCAACAGGAGAAAAGAUAAAUCUGGAGGGAUGACAGCCCCAGAGGCUUUGGCCAAGAAUCACAUAGUGUACAAUGUCAAGUUCCUUGGCGUAACAGAGGUUGACCAACCAAAAGGCACAGAUGUCAUAAGGAUAGCAGUGAGAAAGCUGAAGUUCCAAAGGCAUAUCAAGAAAUCAGAGGGACACAAAACACCGAAGGUGGAGUUGCAGGUGUCCAUCUACGGAGUGAAAUUAUUAGACCCCAAGACCAGAGAUGUACAGCACAACUGUCAGCUUCAUAGGAUAUCCUUCUGCGCGGACGACAAAACCGACAAGAGGAUAUUCACCUUCAUCUGCACAGAGCCAGAGACCAAAAAACACAUCUGUUAUGUGUUCGACAGUGAAAAAUGUGCAGAGGAGAUCACCGUCAGCAUUGGUCGAGCAUUUGACCUGGCGUACAGGAAGUUUCUGGAGUCUGGCGGGAAAGACGUGGAGAUGAGGAAACAGAUCGGCAGUCUGCAGAAAAGAAUUCUGGAACUGGAAACUGAAAAUUCCAAGUUGAAAGAACGACUUCAAGAUCUAGAGGAUCACAUGGCAGAUUGUCAAGGCUCACCGCUUCUACACUUGAACUCUUCUAACGAGGCCCACAUGCUGCCGAGUCCCUCAUCUAUGUUCUGGGGUGACAGUGUCAGCCUGAACGCCCUUUCCUUUCUAGAGAUGUCCUCUGUGGCUCUAACCCCAGCCAGCUCUCCAGACUCCAGUAUCUCCGCUGGUCUACUAACACCGCCACCCAGUAAACCUACCCAGCCCAGGCUACCACAGCAUUAUGGAGGUUGCUUACCUCCGCCCAGUAAACCUACCCAGCCCAGGCUACCGCAGCAUUAUGGAGGUUGCUUACCUCGACCGCGAGCAUGGAGCACCAUAUCCAGGCGUCCCCCGACGGACGUUUUCGACAUGGUUCCAUUCUCCUCAGGGUCUCCUAUGGCAAGGAAACCUGCCAUCAAUGGGUCCUCUCCUCCUCCUCCCUCCUUUUCCCCUCCUCCACCACCUCCACAUGUUUUCCUGAGAGAGAGAGGAACAGAUAUUUUGGGGGCGGAGCCUUUUGACCCGUUCCUCUGCAACACGUCCUUUCCUCCUGACGUCCAAUCUAAACUGGAUGAAAUGCAGGAGGGGUUCAAUAUGGGACUAACCCUGGAGGGCACCAUCUUCUCUCUGGACCCAGGGGACAGUCGCUGCUGACCACAACGCAACCCUAACAUGGACAGUUGACGCUGACCAAAACGCAACCCUAACAUGGACAGUUGACGCUGACCACAACGCAACCCUAACAUGGACAGUUGACGCUGACCACAACGCAACCCUAACAUGGACAGUUGACGCUGACCACAACGCAACCCUAACAUGGACAGUUGACGCUGACCACAACGCAACCCUAACAUGGACAGUUGACGCUGACCACAACGCAACCCAAACAUGGACAGUUGAUGCCGACAACAACGCAUCCCUAACAUGGACAGUUGAUGCCGACCACAACGCAACCCAAACAUGGACAGUUGACGCCGACCACAACGCAACCCAAACAUGGACAGUUGACGCCGACCACAACGCAACCCUAACAUGGACAGUUGACGCUGACCACAACGCAUCCCUAACAUGGACAGUUGACGCUGACCACAACGCAUCCCUAACAU